CAUAAUGAGAAUACUUGUGUCAAUAUUUACAACAGUUACAUUAAUAGUAUUAAUUAGUGAUGUAGAGUCAUACAAUCACGGCCAACGUGUGGCCCAACUGAUGCUCGAAAACAACAUACCGGUGCCAAAAACUCACAAAAUUUUCGAUUAUGGAAAUAUUACCAGAAAUUGUAUAAAUACUACUAAAGUGUGUGUGUGGAAAUGUGGUCCGUUCGGAAAACAAUUAAGACUAAUGAUACAUGUUAAAAAAAAUAUAUAUCGUAACAAAAAAAUAGACGAUCAGCUAAAUAAAGUGUUAAUAUAUGAUAAGAGCCUACAACGAACUGAUAAAACUCUCCAAGAUACACUUCAUUUAGUUCCGAAUCAUUUUUCAAAUCUAGACUUCAGAAUGAAUUCAUUCAAUUUAAAUAUAUUAUUUAAAACAUAUUUAUUAGAGGAUGGGAACCUAAUCACUGAAAUACCAAAUGACUUCAAUAGAUUCUAUAGAAUUGACGUGAAUCACUUUUGUGUAGACAUUAAUAUACGUAGACAAAUCGUUUUCUAUGGAGUUGUUAAUGAUGAAGAAAUACCGGAGAAAUCUAUAACUUCAAAUAUUUACCGAGUCUUUGCGCUGCCACUGGGCAUGGUACUGCUGGCAUAUGUCUUGGUGAUUUAUUGUAUCCGCUCACAUUUUCGGGACCUCAACGGAAUGUUAGUGAUGACUUUAAUCUGCUGCUUCAUUGGAAAAAAUGUUAUAGAAUUCAUACAUCACUUUGUUCCUAUGCAUCUCGGGUUUAAUAGGUUAAUUUUAGAACCGUUGCAUAUUUUUUGUAAUUUAACCUGCUUUUCAUUGACCAAUGUGAUGUUCUAUAAUGUAUGGAAGUCGGUAAGAUCAGGAGGAAAUUCUGUUAAUACACAUCAAAAUAAAUUCAAACAAUACAUCAAGUACACUGCGUAUGGUUUUGGACUUCCUCUGAUUCUAACUAUAAGCAUAUUAAUUAUAGAUUUUAGAGACAUGACACAUAUCCCGUGGUUUAUUACACCUAAAUUAAAAUAUUUACGCACAUGUUUAGGAAAGGAGGUGAUAUUGUACAUUUACAUUCCCGGGUCGAUCAUGCUGUUGUACAAUAUAUUUAUUUGUAUUGUAUUGAUACCAAAGGCUUACAAGGGAUUUUUGGGGGGUCUUCCGAUGACUUACAAUGACGCGAUCAAAUACGAUGUUUUAAGUUUAUCGCAAAACAUGAAACUAUUGACGUUCAUGACGAUUUCGGAGGCUGCGAAUGCAUAUAGUCUGUCGGUUAUGAAGCUGUUCGGAAUUGUAUCUACUAAUAAAUGGCUGCUAGGAGUCGUCAUAAUAAUUAUAUUUGUACGCGGAAGUUAUGCUAAACGAAAAAGCCCUGCAACUCCUGUUAACCAGAAUAUUAGCAGCGUGAGAGAGAUGCAAUGAAACCAGCAAUACGUAAAGUUAAAAAAUGA